UUAUGUUUUGUAUAAUUAAUUUUAAUAAAUAAUUUUAAUCAACUUUCACGCUAUGCUUAGCAAACUAGAUAGCGUUUGUUCGCAAAUUCGGUCAAUAGCAGGCAUCAUGAAGACCAAUACAACACCAGAGAAUACAACACGAGAGAAUACAACUCGGGAGAAUACAACACGAGAGAAUACAACAUCAGGCCAGAUUAAUGUGGAGCUGGAGCCGUGUCCCUUCUGUGGACGAACUUUCAACCCGUUAACACUGGAAAAACAUGUGGCAAUCUGUGAGAAGACAUCGAAAAAGCGUCCCGUUUUUGACUCCUUUCUACAGAGAAUCACUGGCCAUGUUGAUAAUGUUCGCGCUCUACCUUCUUCCGAUCCGCUUAAGACCAAAAAAGAUCGGGAUGUAUCCCAACCAUCGAAACCAAUAGAAACCGCAGUUCUCCGUAAGUCACAGCAGGAUCCCGAAAUUCGUGUUAAUCGGCAAACGACAACUCCACCAUUCGAUAAUGUGAAAAAGCAAACACCAAAGGACGAACCCAAAGCUGAGGUUUCACCUCAACAAAAAAAACGUGGUACAUACUUAGAGGCGAAGCCAUUGGAGCCCUGUCCUCAUUGUGGCCGUAGCUUCAACCAAAAAGCAUUGGAUAAUCACGUAGAGUGGUGCAAAAACAAGUCGGUCAUCGCCGCCUUCAGUCAAUAUAGCACCUCGGUCAAUCCCCUGGCCAAGGAGCGGAUGAAGGCACGCAUUAGCUAUCAGCCGCCGACUCCAAAAAUUAAACGCAAUAAGUAGGAUGCCUUGUUGAACAACUGUUUUAAGCCUGGGCUAAAUUACCUGUCAUCGUUCUUAUUUAAAUGGAGAAAUAAGCACAAAAAGUGAACGCAACCAAUCGAAGUGUUCUCAUUGCAUGCUGAACCGACAUUUUGAAUGAAACCCAACUGACAAGUUGGCAUAUAAUGUGUCGGCGACUCUUUCAUAAAGAGUGAGAUUUUUAAUUAUUGUUUUCACGUUGCAUUCCUUUAUGUCGCAUGUCAGAAGUCACAAUCCCAAAAGUUGCAAAGUCCCGAAACCACGGAGCAACCGAAUCCAUAUGUGUGUAUGUAUGAAUCCGACACCGGGAUCCGAGAGGCAACGGAAAUUUGUUUUCUAUCGUGACAUAUGAGAACGCUUCAAAUGGCGCUGAAUAAAAAAUGCCUUUGCAAAAUAUUUCAUGACACGUUCCCAUAUAAUAA